CGCAAUGGCAGUGUGAGGAGUAAAUGGCUCAGAGUGUCCGCUGUGGAAAGCGACCUAAACACUGGACUGGGAACCGAUAAACAAACACAACAAGACGCGGCGCGUAAAAAGCUCUCCACGGGCGCACGGAAACUGUGCCAGGAAACCAAGAAGACUCCUACGUGAUCCCCCCCCCCCCCCCCUUUCCUCUAUAUUUUCUCUUUUGAUUGUUUAUUUCUGUGUGCGCGCACAACGAGGAUAUCUUAAUUGGACAUGUGAGUUACUGGGAGUUAACAAAAACACGAGCAAAGGCUUUUCAAAGAUGAAGUUCCCGGCUUGCGUCCUCGUCACUUUGGUGGUGAUCCGGUCGAGUGCAGCACAGUCAGUGUGCCCCGGUACGGAGAACAAGCUGAGCACUCUGUCUGACCUGGACCAGCAGUACCGCACCCUGAAGAAGGUCUACGAGAACUGUGAAGUCGUCAUGGGCAAUUUGGAGAUCACCAGCAUCGAUCGGAACCGCAACCUCUCCUUCCUCAAGUCUAUAAGGGAGGUGACCGGCUACGUGUUGGUGGCACUCAAUCAGUUUGAAUACCUGCCGCUGGAGAAUUUACGGAUCAUCCGGGGCACCAAGCUGUACGAGGGCCGCUACUCCCUGGCCAUCUUCCUCAACUACAGGCGGGACGGUUACUACGGCCUGAGGCAGCUGGGUUUGCGCAACCUCACAGAGAUCCUGAACGGGGGUGUUUAUGUGGACCAGAACAAAUUCUUGUGCCACGCGGAUACCAUCCAUUGGCGGGACAUUAUCAAGAACCCCCAGGCCGAGCUGCUGGUGGUGCCGUCCAACAACAGCAACCUUGGAUGCAGACGCUGUCAUCGCUCGUGUAACGGACGCUGCUGGGGCCAUCAGGAGGACCAGUGUCAAACCUUGACCAAAACGGUGUGUGCAGAGCAGUGUGACGGUCGAUGCUUUGGGCCUUACGUCAGUGACUGCUGCCAUCGCGAAUGUGCCGGCGGCUGUUCCGGCCCCAAGGACACAGACUGCUUUGCUUGCACCAAUUUCAAUGACAGCGGAGCCUGUGUGACCCAGUGCCCUCAGCCGUUUGUCUACAACCCCACAUCUUUCCAGUUGGAGCACAACCCCAGAGCCAAGUACACCUAUGGAGCCUUCUGUGUCAAGAAAUGUCCACAUAACUUCGUGGUGGACCACAGCUCCUGCGUUAGAGCGUGUCCCAGCAACAAGAUGGAAGUGGAGGAGAACCGAAUCAAAAUGUGCAUCCCGUGCACCGACAUCUGUCCUAAAGUGUGCGAUGGUAUAGGGACGGGCAGCCUGCAGACAGCUCAAACGGUGGACGCCAGCAAUAUCGAUAAAUUUGUCAACUGCACCAAAAUCAAUGGCAACCUCAUCUUCCUCAUUACUGGCAUUAAAGGGGACAUGUAUCAUGGCAUUGGGCCUCUGGAUCCGGAGCGUCUCAAUGUGUUUCGCACUGUUAAAGAGAUCACGGGUUACCUCAACAUCCAGUCUUGGCCCGAGAACAUGACAGAUCUGAGCGUUUUCUCCAACCUGGCAACCAUCGGAGGCAGAUCUCUUUACAGCGGUAGUGGUAUUUCUCUUUUGAUCCUGAAGCAGCGCUGGAUCUCCUCCCUCCAGUUCCAGUCGCUGGACGAGAUCAGCGCCGGGAGCGUGUACAUCUUCAACAACAGCCGCCUGUGCUUCUACAACACCGUCAACUGGACGUCGCUGUUCAGGACCCCGACCCAGAAGGUCCUCAUCCGGAACAACCGGGAUCCGAAGGAAUGCACUCAGCAGCGAAUGGUGUGUGACCGGAUGUGUUCGGACGACGGCUGCUGGGGCCCGGGACCAGACCAGUGCCUCUCCUGCCGCUACUUCCGACGUGGCCGCACCUGCGUUGAGUCCUGCAACCUCUUCGACGGGGAAGUGCGGGAAUUUGCCAACGGAUCCGUGUGCCUGGAGUGCGAUAGUCAGUGUGAGAAGAUGGAUGGGAACGCCAUGACAUGCCUCGGCCAGGGCCCAGACCAGUGCUUUAAAUGCCUCCACUUCAAAGAUGGACCCAACUGUGUGGAAAAAUGCCCCGAUGGGUUGCAGGGAGCCAACAGUUUCAUCUUCAAAUACGCCAAGGCCAACAACGAGUGUCAUCCUUGCCAUGUCAACUGUACCCAGGGGUGCAUCGGGCCAAGACUUCAAGAUUGUGUUGGGAUGAUGGACAGGAUGCCCUUAAUAGCAGCUGGCAUCAUCGGCGGCCUAUUCAUCAUCGUCAUCCUGGCGCUCAGCGUGGCCGUUUACGUUCGACGCAAAAGCAUCAAGAAGAAGAGGGCCUUGCGGCGGUUCUUGGAGACGGAGCUGGUGGAGCCCCUGACCCCAAGCGGAACGGCCCCUAACCAGGCUCAGCUGCGGAUCCUGAAGGAGACGGAGCUGAAGAGGGUCAAGAUCCUGGGUUCGGGAGCUUUUGGAACCGUCUACAAGGGCAUCUGGGUCCCAGAAGGUGAGACAGUGAAGAUCCCCGUGGCCAUUAAAAUCCUCAACGAGGCCACCGGUCCUAAAGCCAAUGUGGAGUUCAUGGACGAGGCCCUGAUCAUGGCCAGCAUGGAGCACCCCCACCUGGUGCGUCUGCUGGGAGUGUGCCUGAGCCCCACCAUCCAGCUGGUCACUCAGCUCAUGCCCCACGGCUGCCUCCUCGACUACGUGCACGAGCACAAGGACAACAUCGGCUCGCAGCUGCUGCUCAACUGGUGUGUCCAGAUCGCGAAGGGGAUGAUGUACCUGGAGGAGAGGAGGCUGGUUCACAGGGACUUGGCGGCCCGGAACGUGCUGGUGAAGUCGCCCAAUCACAUCAAGAUCACCGACUUUGGCCUCGCGCGGCUGCUGGAUGCUGACGAGAAGGAGUACAACGCAGACGGGGGCAAGGUUGGUAUGCCCAUUAAAUGGAUGGCUCUGGAGUGCAUCCACUACAGGAAGUUCACCCAUCAGAGUGACGUGUGGAGCUACGGAGUGACCAUCUGGGAGCUGAUGACGUUCGGAGGCAAACCGUAUGACGGCAUCCCGACACGAGAAAUCCCAGACAUCCUGGAGAAAGGGGAGCGCCUGCCCCAGCCGCCCAUUUGCACCAUAGACGUCUACAUGGUCAUGGUCAAAUGCUGGAUGAUUGAUGCAGACAGCAGGCCGAAGUUCAAGGAGCUGGCGGCCGAGUUCUGCAGAAUGGCUCGUGACCCCCAACGGUACCUGGUCAUCCAGGGGGACGACCGCAUGAAGCUUCCUAGCCCCAACGACAGCAAGUUCUUCCAGAGCCUACUGGACGAAGAGGACCUUGACGACCUAAUGGAUGCUGACGAGUAUCUGGUGCCUCGAGGUUUCAACAUGGCUCCUCCGUCCUGCACAGCCCGGCCUCGAGUUGACUCAAACAGAAACCAGUUUGGCUACAGAGAUGGUGGUCCAAACCUUUCCGAAGGACCCAUGGGAGGCGCUCAAGCUUGUUCGAAUCAGGAAGCUACAGGCGGCCCAGGUCCGGCCCUUGAGGACCAGCGCUGUAACGGGAGCCUGCAUAAGAAGACCCUGAGCCAAGCCGUUGGAGAAGACAGCGGAGGUCAGAGGUACAGCGCCGACCCCACUAUCUUCCUGGGGGAGAGAACGUCCAGAGGGGACACCGACGAGGACGGGUACAUGACUCCAAUGAAGGACAAGAGCUCUUCAGAAUAUCUGAAUCCCAUAGAGGAGAACCCGUUUGUCUCACGACGCAAAAAUGGGGAGAUCCAUGCCUUGGACAACCCAGGCUACCACAGCACACCCAACAGUCAGCCCAAAGGAGAGGACGAGUACAUCAACGAGCCCCUCUACCUCAACACCUUCCAUAGCCCCGCUGAUCUGGGCUUGGAGGUCCUGAGGAGGAAUGGUCUGCCCUUACCUACGCAGCCUCCUUCUUCCAUCUCAGCCACAACCUCAGGACCCCACCUCCCGCUUACCAUCCAGACCAGCCUGCCCCACUACCCCCUCCCCACAGCCCAGCCAUCUCCAUCUGGCAUACCUUGCCACCACGGUCCACCGGCUCACGUCCUCCACGCCCACCACACCAUCAAAUCUGCAGGACAACCUGGCAAUCCAGGUGGCGGCUCAAUCAUUCAGAGCCAAACAGGAACUACUGCUCUACCCCAGGUGAGCCAAUCAGGUGCCCUGUCCAGUUCAGCCACAAUCGGGCACGGCAGCUUGCCAGCCUACCAGAGCCACACCGCCACACACCCCACCAGCAUGCUGAAGCACGGAGGGCUGACGUCAGGUAAAGCCAGUGGGAAAAAGCUGAAGGUGACCUUUGACAAUCCAGAAUACUGGCAGCACAGCUUGCCUCCAAAAUCAUCUAACCAGGCGUUGCCCGAUGGUGCCCAAGGGGGUUCCACCAACGCCAAGCUCUUCUAUAAGCAGAAUGGACACAUACGGCCGGCGGUAGCGGAAAACCCUGAAUACAUGUCUGAGUUUUCCCUGAAAUCUGGCACCGUCUUACCACCUCCACCCUACCGGCAGCGGAACACCGUGGUCUAGAGUGUUUCCAUUUGCCAAACGGUCCCCAAUCAUACUCUAACCUCCAGCGAUCCGAACAUCCUCUCCAGGUUCCACCGUCCCACGCAGAGCGGAGCGGCCACAACCAGAGCCGCCCCCCUGAAACUCUUUCCAGUGUCAUCCACUGUAGACUGUAGCAGCAUCCGAAGGAGGUGGGCCGAACCAACUCCCACGCCUUCACAAUAUCCAGUCCAGUCCAUUUCUGUUCUGUAGAUAAGACACUGUGCUCCAGGUCACUGAGAAUGUGGAGGUAGGCGUCGGCAGACAACUUACACAGCAGUGGACUUACCGUAUCAUGUUGUCCCAACCAAGGCAGACGAACAGCUCUCAACCGCGAUCGCUUCAACUCGCGGGGCCUGAACUCACUGCCAGCCACUUCGGUGUCAGACUCGUGAGAGGAACGGGGAUGUUUUAUUGUUUUAUGUUUUCCAGCACAAAGGUCUGAGGACGAACAAUAUCCUGUUAAGGGGUUCUGAAAUCAGCAGACAGAACAAAUAUAAUCUGUGAUAUGUCAAGAUGUCUGGUUUUGGGGGGAUAACCUUGUAGAGUAAGUGAGGUGUAAAACGUGGAGGAAAUAAGACUUCAGGUUCAGUCAGAAGAGUGAGCGGCGAAGAAACGGAGCACUCAUCAGUCAGCGUUUUUUGCCUCUAAAAUUAUACCAUGUGUUCCUGAAUUUUUCGUCUAAUAUGUGAAACUCAUCUCAUCCUUCUACUGUUACUGUGAUACUGUGAUGGCCAAAACUACAGUGAGCUCUUCUGUCACAUUUGUAGUUCAACCACUUUUAAAAUUGCCCAAAAUUAUCCAGGGCGACUACUGUUUAUUUUAUUUUUUUUUUGUUGUUGUUGGUUUUGCUCGUUUGCUGUCUACUUGGGAAAGCUAAUCAAACUCCGCUUUUCCAACCCAAAGGCUGUAAGGGGAAAAUACACUGUAAACAUUUUUAUAAACACUGGUUGCAGUGGUGACACCAUACAUUUUUAUACGCUGGUUUUACCAUUCAAAUCACUAGCUCAGAUGAGUAACUAAUAACUAGUGACUUUGGGAGUGAGAAUGCCGUUGUGGAAAUUGCUGUAUACUGCUAAAUAACGCGAAAGCGGCCACACUCAAGAUGGUGAUUGCGGCGAGAGAUGGCGAGAAAGAAAAAAAUUCUGCAGAGAGAUGAGGGAAAGUUCAAACAAGCCAACUAAUGAAGACCUCAAGGAAUGAACGAGACAGCACCAGCAGAGCACAGUAAAACAGACCACUUUUUAUUCAUGUUUAUGUCAGUGUGAUAGUGGGGUGUGUGGGGGUAUGUUCACAUAUGAGCAAGCCAGCUUUGACCCAGGGAAAAAAUGGGGAAAAAAGGUGAUAGAAGUCAGUGGUAAUGGAGCCAAAAGCUGACCAACGGUAGAUUUAAACUACAUAUUUCACUGUGGAAAAGAUAAUGGAGUGGGCCAACUGCAUGAAAUAAUGCAAAGCCCCAUCAAGUCUGAUAAAAAAAAAAAAAAAAUAUGGUAUAAAUCCUUGGUUGUUUGUCGUCAGUGCCGAGACACAGUUCAUUUCUUGACCCUGUUGACUUGUGCCAUAUUUGCCGCAUUAAAAGUUAACUUUAGGUUAACACCAGCAAAGUUUCACACAGGAUCUGUACAGUAGAAGAGCGGAUUUUAUACUAUUGGGGGUUGAAAGCUUAAAAGCUCUUGCCCACAAGUCAACAACCAAUAAUCUACCAAAAAAAUUAUCCAACAUAAUGUGAAAAUGUACAUUCUCCACCAGAUUUCCAUCCAAUAUCUGCCCCUAGGAGCUUCAGCCUAAGUGUUUCGUGCUUUUAUAUUGGCAUUUUUUAGUUUAGAGAAUGAUCGAGGCCUAAUAUGGACAUAGUCUGUAGAUAUUUCGCAAAUCCGAUCCUUUGUUCACCAAAAUUUAAACCAUAUCUUCUGCUCUGCAACGUAGGCGACAAUUGUCCUAUGCUACAUUUGCUAGUCAAGGUUGCUGAAAAAAGUUUUGCACCAUAGUUUAUUUGAUGAUGCGUCACAUUAAUGUUGGCAAACUAUUUGCAACAUGGAAGAAAUUGUUAAACCUCCUUGUUGUUUUUUUAAUUUACAAUUAGAUCCACUAUAAUACAGGGUUUAUACUUCUGCGUCAUUUUGAUGCCAUAUGUAUUUACGUAAUGUCGUAGCCUGACAUGCGCCUCGCCAGAAAUUUACCUACGUGCCACAAAGCAUGUUUCCGCUUCAGUAUUUCCGGCUAGUUCUCCAUCUCGGCAGUUUGAUGAAUGAUUGUUUUGGAUCAGUGACGAUGGAACACAUCAAGGAAAGGUUAACUGAGGAGGUUUGGAGACACAAACAUUAGUAAGACUCGUCUUCGGCAAAAGUCGCAAAGAAAAUGAACCCGAAUGGCAUAAUAAACAAACUAGCAUUUGGGUGGAGUUUUUACAGAGAGACUGACAAGCAAUCAAGUAUAAAUGGCUUGCACCGCGUUGGCUAAGUGCGUAGGUUACGUAGGACUUACCCCUUUAUUCUCAAGAGAAUACUACUUACCUUCACUCCCAAUGCCUCUGCGGGCAAACUGCCAACCUACACUGUUUAAAAGCACUGGUGUUGCAGCCAUCAUUUCUUCCGCCAAGCCAUACGUACAAGUUGAAGAAAAAACUUGUGUGAUGCUGGUUUGUCUCAGAGGUCUUCUUGCAAUAUAAUCGCAAUUUAGUCCUAUGACUAUGAGGAAAAUCUUGUUGCUUUGACAAAGCUGACAUGUCCCAGUCUUUAUUUGUGUGUGGGGUAAAUCUUGCUUUGUCAUAGCUUCAACAGCUUUUCAUCAUUCUGCUGUGGUAGAACCCUUCUUUUCCUGUGUAGGGUAUUUAAUUUGUGCAUUUAAGUGUGUGUGAAAGUGUUCGACCAAGUCUACCCUCACGUAAAGGCAUAUACACAUAUUUAUAUAUAUGUAUAUGUGUGUGUUUGUCCUCCCCACCGAGCACUUUGAUCAAAGUUGCGGGUAGUAAGAAAGGAUUUCCAGCGUUCAUUACUGAAAUAUUCAGCUUGUUUAUCCGGUCGUUUUCAGGAAGCUUUGGAGAAAAGUGCAAAGGAACGCAUUGCGGCCAAGAGUUCAUGGUUUAGGUGGUACUGACCGGCUUGAGGAAUGUCCUUGUUUCCACGUUUUCUGUUCGCUUCAAACAGUAUUUAUAAUGCCGCUUUGAUGAUAUCAUGUUUCAUUGAUGAAGGAGUAUUUUGUAGUCCCUUUUAGAGCUCUAAUUCAGUGAAAUCGAGACAGCAUUUAAUAUCAAUGUGAAAUAUUUAUAGCGCGUUGCGGCUUGUUGUUUAUACGGGCCGAUGGAAGCGUCUGCCAAAUCUGGGUUUCGAGGAAGAAGAAAAAAGAGAAAAGGGCGACGGAGGUACAAAGAAAAGCCUCGUUUGGCCCUAAAAUAUACUGCGGACCCGGGCAAAAUAUGAAAUGCGGAGGAGGCGAACGCCGGUCGCCAUUUACGGAAAGGACGCGCCUGUACCUUAAGGUUUCGUUGUUUGUCAUCCAGUGGCUUCGGUUUUUGCCUCGGUGUUGGGGCUGUCGUGUUACCUGCUGCUAUAUGUCUCGGCCUUAAACCCUCUAGUGGCUCGAUUGCAGCACUUGUGUUUAAGACUGAUGUAUUCUGAUUUGUUUUAGUGUAAGCCAAGGUGCAACGGCAUGUAGCCAUGUACUAAAAUCCCUCCAUACAUCACCCAAGAAGGCAGUUACCUACCACACAGGCUGCGACUGAAUCUGUUGUAUAGUAAAUAUUACAUUGCAUGGUACCCAGAGUGAGUGUUUUACUGCCCUCCAUCUUUGUAUUGUUUUUUUUGUUUUUUUUUUUAUUGUUGUUCUUAUUGUUGAUGACAGUAUUAUAUUUAUGUCUAACAUGGGACGAAAUAACUGGACAUUUUUUACAGAGUAGCACAAACUCGGAUUCUUUAUUUCUGAAAUCUUUCAUUCAUUACUUUGUGUGUGAUACCCCUAUAUAGUAUUUUUUAAUGAUUGAUUUUGUCCUUAUUAUUAUUAUUAUUAUUAUUAUUAUUAUUAUUAUUAUUAUCGAGGAUUUUUCCACUGUUGUGUCGCCUACUGUACAUGAUUUUUAAUUUAAUUGCACAAGUUCUAAAUGGAGCCCAUACAUGUUUUAAAUAAUCCGAUCGGCGUAACUGUACAGAAUCUUUGGGGUUUCCUCCCAGAUCUAUCUAACACACUUCAACAACAAAUGUGAAUAGUAUUUUUAUAAAGCACUGAAAGCGGGGUGCGACGUGGUGAAUUUGUAAAUAAGGAGGCGAUGGAUUUGUAUCGGACUUCUUCUCUCCUACUGCUGUUUUUCCCCUCCUGCUUAUAACGACUUGUACAAAAA